GACUAUGACCCUUCUUCAGAGAAAGUUGGGAAAGUUGUGAGAGUUAAGGAACCAGGUGAUGAUUAUGACGAUGAAGGUUUGGAGGACCUGAUUGAUAGGAUUGCUGAUCAUGGAGUUGAAUCAUCAUCUGACAAGGCUAAAAAAGAAGAGGAUGAUAAUGAAGCUGGUGUUGUUUCAUCUUCUACGCCUGGUUUGCAUGCUGUUCCUGUCAAUAACCAUGGCAUAAUAUUAUGUCGAUGUUUGCAGCAUUAUAAUAGAUAUUUGAGUGAUCUGUCUCCUGACCAGAGGUUGCUGGUUGAUUAUCUAUUUUACAAUGAGUAUGAAGAUGUUGCAUAUAUGUCAUUGGAUACAGAUUCUGAGGAAGUGAAGAUGAAAAAUGACAUUAUGCAAAGUGAACUUACAAGUGAUCUCAUUGUGGAUUUUGAUAAUCCUCAUAGCAACUAUGCGGUUCAGCUGUACAAAUUCGACUUAAUUAGCAUGCCUCGUCAAGGUUGGCUGACAAGUGGAGUUAUUGACGGAUGCGCUUUCAUGUUCAAUAGGCAAGAAGAGGAAUCACCUUCUGCAACAAGGAGAUUUGGUUUAAUAUUAUGCCUUUUAACUAUAUCAAUUGGUUGUGUGCUGAGAAGGUAAAAAAGGUUCAGUUUGAGAGUGAGAUUGCUGAAAAUGAGAUUAUUUUGAAGAACCUGGAGGGCACUAGGCAGUAUGAUCAGAAGUUUAAGGAAUGGGAAGAAAACAAGAAAAAGCUUAUUACAAAAGAUGAUGAUUUAUUCUACAAGAAAUGUAAGGAAGCUAUUUCUUCAUGGGUGAAAUCAUUUCCACGCAAUGAUAUUCGAGAAGCUGAACUGAUUUUUGUUCCUGUUCACAAGGAUGAUCAUUAUACUGUCUUGGUGCUGAACAAGAAAGCAAAAAGGAUUGAAAAUAUUGACAAUCGUACAGACAUGAAGGACAUUGAUAGAUAUAAGCAUGAGGAAUUUAACGGUCUUACAUACUUUUGUCGUGCUUUUGAUUCUUUUAUGCAAGAGACUAUGAGUGUCGUGAUUUUGAUCGUCUCCACCAUUGGCAAACAUCAACUCUUUACUUCCCUUGGAGAAGCAAGGACAACAAUUUUGAUUGUGGUGUCUAUGCAAUCAAAACCAUGGAGCUGUAUGACGGUCAUAAUACUAACCAUGCUGCACUUGUUGACCUGA